CGUGUUGAAGAGUAACUCGUUGCUAAGGUCAGAAGUGACGCUUUGCGGGUUACCAAGGAAGCUAAAUGCUAUAUAUCCGGGUCGGGAAACUACGUUUCCACGUGAGGCGACAAAACGGCGGCUGAUAAAGACGUGAUCUUUGUGUCGGAGAGAUUGGCACGUUCCCCUAAGAGCGUCAUUAAUCAGGUACAGGCGAGACUUAGAGCGCUACAGCAAGACAUCGAUAAAGAGUCACAGCCAACACCUGCUAGCAGUGGCAGACCAUUGGUCCAAGCACACACGAAGAGGAUGGUUGCCUUGGAGAUAGCUCGGUCGAAAAAGAAGGCGGGUGCGUCCGCGGUGAAGCAGGAGGACCCUGCGACCGCGGGGGACGGCCCCGCCAAGAAAGACAAGAAGAAGAAACCCAGGAACGGGCAGGACACUCCGGCUGCAGUCGGAAAAAAUCCCUCCACAGACGACGGGAGCGUGAAGAAGAAGACCGUAAACCGAGAGGGAGGAGAGCAGCUGAGGGAGGAGGUGAAGGAGCCGUCGGGCUCUGUGGCCGGUAACAAAGGGGUCGAAAGGAAAAAUAACAAAGGCGGACCGAGCGGCAAAAAUGACAAAGUAUCCCGAGCGCCCGACGCCAACACUGUGGACCCAAACACGGAGGUGAAGGAAGGAGGAGUGGAAAACCAACAGGGGUCGAAGAGGAAGAAGAAGAAGAAAAAGAGUGAAGAAGUCCAGUCAGCGACCAGCGAGGAGGUGAUCAUCAUCGAAGACGACGACGAAGGGAGGGAAGCGGGGCCCGACCCCGGGGUGAAGAAGAAGAGCAGGAAACAGACGACAGGAAGAGGGGACAAAGAGGAGGACGGAACGAGAGGGGAGAGGAGGAGGAGGAAGAAGAAGGCCUCGGAGGAGAUCUCCGGAGCCCUCCAGCUCUCCUUGGAAGAAGAGGAGGGAGAGGCGGGGAAGAGGAGGAGGGGGACUCAAACAGAGAACAGACAGAAGGUAAAGACGGAGGAGGGGAGCGGCGGAGGGGCGGAGGAGGGGAUGGGGAAGAAAAAGAGAAAACGAGAGGGAGUGGAUUUGGCGAAGGAGGAAGUGGAGGCAACAGAGGUACAGGAAGUGCCGAGAAGCUGCAAGAAGAAGAAGAAGAAUCUGCAGAAGAAGAGAGAGGAGUCCUCCAGCAGCCCUGCAGACACCGCAGGGAUGGAGGAAACGGUGGAGGAGAAGAGGAAGAAGAAGAAGAUGGGGAAAUCCUCCACACAUCUGGAGGAAGAGGGUGACAAAGUGAUUCUGAUAGAAAACGGAGAGCCGGCGAAAAAGAAAAAAGCAGUCCCAAAGCCGAAGGAGGGAAAGAGCGAGGGAGCGGAUGUCAAGGAAACAAAAGAGAAGAAGAAAAGGAAGAAGAGGGAGGAGGAGACGGAGGAGGAAACGCCAGACAAGGUGGCUUCUGAGGAAGGCUGCCCUCCUUUAAAAACACCGAAGAAGAAGAAGAAGAAGAAAGGGGAGACUCCAGUGAAGAUGAAGAUCGAGAGGGAAGACUCACAGGACAUAGAGACUCCAGGCCAGGUGGAGGUGCUCUUCCUGUCGGAGAAGCGGGGCAACACCGACGAGGUCACCGUCAACCAGGCGAGGAGGCUGGCCCUGCAGAGGGAGGUGGACCAGGAGUCACACCCGAACGCUCCAGCAGCAGCUACAGCGGCGCUGGGGCAGUGGACCUCCGCCCAGUUCGACAGCACCGACAAACGGGAGAAGUUCCUGCGUUUGAUGGGCGGCUUCAAGAAGGGCUCUCAGCCAGUGGCAGCGAGCGGGGGGCGGGCCAACAUGGCACUGGGGAAGGAGGGGCAGCAGAGCCUGCAGCAGGGGCUUCUGGGGGAGUUUGAGCGCGCUCAAUCGCGAUGGAUGGACUUUGGCGGCAAGGGGGCGGGGCUUGGGUUCUCUGCGCCGUCCAAUAAGAAGUUCUCCAUCGACGCUGACGCCCGGCGAUCCGUCCGCUUCGAUGACUGAGUGUGUGUGUGUGUCACUGUGUGAAUGAGGGGAUGUGGAAAUACUAUCCAGGGUUAGAGCAAGGCCUGCCUGUGUGUGUGUAUACAGUGUGUGUAUAGUGUGUG